AUGCAAGCAGAUCGGGCGAACAAGGGAUAUCAGCUCGGUGUUGACGUCGGCGGCACCUUCACGGACGUCUACGUCUUCACCCCACACGGUCAGACGGUCAGGGCAAAAGUCCCGACGACUAUCCCAGACCAAAGUAUUGGGAUUCAGAACGGCAUCGCAAAAGCCCGUCAGAUUCUGCAGGACCAAUUCGGGUGGGCCGGCAGUUUCCAGUUCAUCCACCAUGGAACCACUACUGCUACCAAUGCCGUCCUCGAAGGGAAGGGAGCUCGCACUGCUCUCGUAGUCACCGCAGGCCACAAGGAUAUCCUCGCCCUGCGCCGGUCUCAGAUACCCGGUGGCUUAGGUGCCUGGCUGCACUGGACGCCGCCAGAGCCCAUUGUGCCGCUGGAGCGUGUCGUGCAAUGCAAGGAGCGCAUGUCUGUGCACGGCGAGCCCGUCACGACUGUCGACGUCGAGGAUCUGCGACGGGGUCUGCAGGAGCUGAAGCGUGAAAACCCGGAGGCCGUGGCUGUGUCUCUCCUCAACUCACACGCCAACGAUGAGCACGAGCGCGUGGUCGAACGUACCGUUCGCGAAGAGCUCGGAGAAGACAUUCCCAUCAUCUGCUCCGCGGAUGUACUACGAGAGGUAGGCGAGUACGAGCGAACAGUGACAACCUGCACAAAUGCACUGGUCAAGCCCGUUGUACAGACCUAUCUGCGAAAUCUGGCCGAUACGCUCGCCACGGAAAGCGAGACUAUUCGUGUCCUCAAGAGCGAUGGACGCCUGACCAGCUUGACCCUCGCCGGAGAAUUGCCGGUGAAUAUCCUCAUGUCUGGGCCUGCCGGCGGCGCAAGGGGUGUGGCGGAUGUCGUCGCGCGAAGCACUCCGUACAAGAACCUGAUCACGCUGGACAUGGGCGGUACAUCGACAGACUGCGCUCUGAUCUACAAUGGCCAACCGCAGCUGCGGCGGGAGACGGUCGUGGAUAACCUGUCUGUUCGGUCACCGGCAGUCGAUAUCAAGACCGUUGGUGCGGGAGGCGGCUCCAUCACGACUUACAUGGAGCUCACGGAGACCCUGCGCGUGGGACCGGAGAGCGCAGGCGCCUCUCCUGGCCCAGCAUGCUACGGGAAGGGCGGACGUCAGGCGACGGUUACAGAUGCGAAUCUGGUGCUGGGAUAUCUGCCCAGGACGCUGCUGGGAGGUGACUUUGCGCUGGACGUCAACGCGGCCAUCGCGGCCGUGGAAGACAUCGCGAAACAGAUGAAGCUCCCGGUCACGCAGACGGCGGAGGAUAUCAUCAAUAUCAUCAACGAGACCAUGUAUGGGGCCCUGCGCCUUGUCUCCGUCGAGCAGGGGUACGAUCCGCGGGAGUUUGCCCUGGUGGCAUUCGGCGGUGCUGGUCCUCUGCAUGCUAACGCUGUCGGCCAGCUGCUUGGGGCAUGGCCUGUUAUCAUUCCGCCAUCACCGGGUAUUUUGUGCGCGCAGGGCGAUGUGACAACCAAGCUGAGCCAUGAGCAGUCGGCCACUUUCAUUCGGAUGCUCUCUGAAACCACGGCAGGAGAAGCGCGAGACCGGUAUUCCACGCUGGAGGAGCUGUGUCGCAGCACCCUCCAGAAAGCGUCCGGACAGUCGUGGCCAAUGACCUGGAAUGUCAAAUAUCAGGCGGAUCUCCGGUACAAGGGUCAAGCGCUGACGAUCACAGUCGACCUCGAGGCAGACGAGCUGGCUGCUGGCACGGACAGGUGGCGUGGCCUGUUGCGGGAGAAAUUUGAUAGGCAGCAUAAACAGCUUUUUACCUACACCCUGCCUGACUUCGAGUUGGAGCUGAUGAGACUUGGGGUUGUUUUGGAAGAUGCCUCACCCGGCAUCGAUAUUCCCCGAGUCGGCAAGGUUGCAUCGAGCGAGCCUCCCGCUGAGGCCCGGAUUGGAGAACAGACCAUUAUCGUGCAGGGCCAGGAGCUUCCGGCAACUCUCUGGGACCGACAGACGAUCAGCAAGGAGGGAAUCCGGGUGAAUGGCCCGUGUAUCAUCACGGAGAUGGACAGCAAUACGCUGAUCCUUCCUGGAUACUACGGUGAGAUCGACAGUAUUGGCAACAUCCUGAUCAACCCUCUGGAUAAAGAGCCGGCCGUCUCAAAGACUCACACGCCCGAAUCGGCCAAGGAGCUUGUCAAGUCCACUCCGCUCAUCCCAACGUUGAUAUCCGCCGCUCUCGGCUCGAUCCGAGGCGAGAUGGACAAGAUGAUGCUACGGUGCAGCAUGUCUCCGGCAAUCCGCGAGCAGCAGGACGAGUUUAACGUCAUUACCAAUGCCGAAGGAAAGAUGCUUGUGGGCCAAUUCGGCAGCUUCAUCACCCAGUUCUUGCAGGCGUGGAAGGGCACCAUCGAGGAGGGCGAUGUCUUCAUCACCAACGACGUCUACCAAGUUCAGGGAGCAAUCAGCCACUUGAACGACGUCAUCAUCCUGCUGCCCAUCUUCUAUGACCAUCGUCUCAUCGGCUGGGCUUCGCAGUUCGGUCACUUGACUGACGUGGGAGGCAUCGUGCCCGGCAGCAUGUCCAUUAACGCAACCUCCGUGUUCGACGAUGGUGUCCAGAUCCCGUGUGUCAAGCUGUAUUCCCAGGGCGUCAUGAACUCGGGCCUCGUUGAGCUUCUGUACAGAAACUCCCGCCAGCCGGCAUGGUACCGCUCCGAUCUCACUGCAAUCGUCGCUGCGUGCACCAUGGCAGCCACACGAGUCUGCGAGCUGGUGACCCGCUUUGGCUGCGAGGUGUACCAAGCCGCCUGCGACGAGCUGCUAUAUCGCAACAGAAUAGGCCUUGCCAAAAUCGUGGAGCGGCAGUUCGACGAUAAAGUAAGCACAUUCACGGAUUUCGUCGACGACGACGGCCACGGCAUCGGGCCCUGGGCUCUUACCUGCACGAUGAAGAAGAUUGACGGACACCGACUGCGCUUCGAUUGGAGCGGAACCUCCCCCCAGAGCCAGCACAGCAUCAACUUCUACCUCUCGGAGACAAUGUUCAAGAUGUUUAUCGGAUUCUACCUCAUCGCGGCGGCAGCCCCCGGCACGGUGAUCAACGACGGCUUCCACGACCUGAUCGACGUGUGCAUUCCCGAAGGCACGGUGCUGAAGCCCGUCCGACCGGCACCCAUCUCCUGUCGCACGCAUCUCAUGGGCCGGACGCUGGACGUCAUGCAGGCCCUGAUCGGGCAGAAGGACGCCGCCUACCAGGCGGCGGCUGGGUUCAGUGACUCCCCUCACUUCUUCUACUCCGGCUACAAACCCAACGGCGAAUGGUACCAGCUAUACCAGAUUGGAUUCGGAGGCAUUCCUGCCCGCCAGGCUGGCGAUGGGCCAGACUGCCACUGUCUCUUUCCUGCCAUCAAGUCCAUCCCCACGGAGGCCAUCGAGCUUAACUUUCCCCUGCGUAUCGAGGCCAACGAAAGCGUCGCCGAUAGCGGUGGUCCCGGGUACUACCGUGGUGGCAACGCCCAGCGCACGCUGUAUAGAUUCCUGGCCAGGGGCGAGUUCAGUCUCCAUGACGACCGGUGGUUCACGAAACCGUGGGGUAUGAAGGGGGGCCAGCCAGGAAAACGCUCCCGCAAGGUGUUAUAUCGGUACUCGAAGUCGGCGGAGAAUCCACCGACCGAGAACCUGCCUUCGAAAUGUGACCAUAUCCGAGUCGAUCCGGGUGAUCUUUUGGAAUGGGUGACAUGGGGAGGCGGCGGACUGGGCGAUCCCUUGACGCGUCCUGCGGAAAAGGUUGCGCUGGAAGUCCACCGGAAACUCGUCACGGUCGACGGUGCUCGGGACGGGUACGGUGUUGUGGUGAACGAUGACUUUACGGUUAAUGAAAUCGAAACCGAACGGCUGCGAUCCCGGAUGCGCUCGAGACGGGCUAAUCUGGGCGAUCUGCCUACGUAUGACCGCGGUGGGAGCCUUGAAGAGUUGAGGGCAUCGUGUUUGGACGAAACCGGGCUGGCUGCCCCUUUGCCACCGUGGGAAGCUGACUUGUACGGUCCUCAUGUUGGCCUGGAGUAUGUGAAGACGUGGUAUGCAGAUAUGAAGCAGCAGAAGGGAUGGGUGUUGGAGUAGUACGGCACACAAUGCUGUCUUUUAGCCGGCUUGGAGGGGUUGUACAUAGUUUGUCUUCAGAAUGCAUAUCGACGACAGCUUGACGAUUGAACGAUUGCACAUUCAAACAAGAAAGACCACCGCUAUCACUGUCCACCCCAGUUAAUGAUUU